AUGGGCGUGUCCCGCUCUGCCACCAUUGUAAUAGCUUACCUUCUAUGGCGUUCCCGCCAGCCUGCGACAAUUCCCAAUCCCGAAUCCAGUAACCGGUCAUCAAGACAAGAAGCACAAUCACGGUCGCCUUCAACGGAAUCACCAGCCUCGACCCCGGAAAUGGUCUCGCUUCCGCCAACCCCGCUGACAGUGGAGUCGGCCCUGGCGCUUGUGAGAGAAUCGCGGCCCCAGGUCGAACCCAACUCCGGGUUCAUCAAGCAGCUGCGAAUGUACGAAGCUAUGGGAUGUCCCACUACGCAGGAACAGCUGGAGUCGCACAAGAUCUAUCGACGCUGGAUGAACUCGCGCAGUGUGAUGGAUGCUCUGAGUGCGAAUCGUGCCCCAGAGGUGGCAGACAUUACCUUCAGAGACGAGGAAGUGGAGGACGAGGACGAGCAGCUCGCACAGACCCAGUCCCCGUCUCAGUCCAUAGGGUCCGCCCUAGACACUCUCAAUCUCAACGCUGUCGACUCUGAGAUCACCGAUCCAGACAUUACCGUUUCAUCGCCCUUCCAAAGCUCUGGCGGCCCGUCUCCUGAGAUCGAAUUGAAAUGCCGCAAAUGCCGUCGUCUGUUGGCAAAAUCCAAUUUUAUUGUUCCGCACAAACCACCCCCUCACCGCGACCCCUCGGCUGGUUCGGCGACUGAACCUUGUGCGCACAUCUUCCUGCAUCCGCUCUCGUGGAUGAAGGACGUUCUAGCACAAGGCGAGCUUGAUGGCCGCCUGGUCUGUCCAAAUCCGAGGUGCGGCGCGAAUAUUGGCAAGUUUGCGUGGCAGGGGCUGCGAUGCAGUUGCGGUGGUUGGGUGACGCCUGGAUUCGGAGUCGCUAGAAGCAAGGUAGACGAAUUGGAGGCUAGGCCGGGCAGAGGCGUUGGUGGAGGUGGAGGUGGAGGUGGAGAUCCCGCGUCAGCAGCCACAGCGGGCGCUGGAGUGAGACUACCUCCUGGCAUGAGAAGGAGUGGACAUGGCAGUCUGUGA